GCGCCCCUGUCACCCAGAGCGGGGCCGAGAGCUCGCCCGCCGCCACCAGACACGGCCCCGGACGCCGCGCCCCACCGGCGACACCAUGAGCUCGGGCCAGCAGCCCCCGCGGAGGGUCACCAAUGUGGGCUCCCUGCUGCUCACCCCGCAGGAGAACGAGUCGCUCUUCUCCUUCCUCGGCAAGAAAUGUGUGACUAUGUCCUCGGCAGUGGUGCAGUUAUAUGCCGCUGAUCGGAACUGUAUGUGGUCAAAGAAGUGCAGCGGUGUCGCCUGCCUUGUUAAGGACAAUCCUCAGAGAUCUUACUUUCUAAGAAUAUUUGACAUUAAGGAUGGGAAAUUACUGUGGGAACAGGAGCUAUACAAUAACUUUGUAUAUAAUAGUCCUAGAGGAUAUUUUCAUACCUUUGCUGGAGAUACUUGUCAAGUUGCUCUUAAUUUUGCCAAUGAAGAAGAAGCAAAAAAGUUCCGAAAAGCAGUUACAGACCUGUUGGGCCGACGACAGCGGAAAUCUGAAAAAAGACGAGAUGGUCAAAAUGGUCCCAAUCUACCUAUGGCUACAGUUGACAUAAAAAAUCCAGAAAUCACAACAAAUAGGUUUUAUGGUUCACAAGUCAACAACAUCUCCCACACCAAAGAAAAGAAGAAAGGAAAAGCUAAAAAGAAAAGAUUAACCAAGGCAGAUAUUGGAACACCAAGUAAUUUCCAGCACAUUGGACAUGUUGGAUGGGAUCCAAAUACGGGUUUUGACCUAAAUAAUUUGGAUCCAGAAUUGAAGAAUCUUUUUGAUAUGUGUGGGAUCUCUGAGGCCCAGCUUAAAGACAGAGAAACAUCAAAAGUUAUUUAUGACUUUAUUGAGAAAACAGGAGGUGUAGAAGCUGUUAAGAAUGAACUCCGAAGGCAAGCACCACCACCUCCUCCACCCUCAAGGGGAGGACCUCCUCCUCCUCCUCCCCCUCCUCAUAGCUCAGGUCCUCCUCCCCCGCCUGCCCGUGGAAGAGGGGCUCCUCCCCCACCACCUUCAAGAGCUCCCACUGCCGCACCUCCACCGCCGCCUCCUUCCAGGCCUGGUGUUGUUGUUCCUCCACCCCCUCCAAACAGGAUGUACCCUCCCCCACCGCCAGCGCUGCCCUCUUCAGCACCUGCAGGCCCACCACCACCUCCACCGCUGUCUGUGGCAGGGUCCACAGCACCACCGCCUCCUCCUCCCCCUCCGCCUCCACCAGGCCCUCCCCCUCCCCCUGGCCUGCCUUCUGAUGGUGACCAUCAAGUUCCAGCUCCUUCAGGAAACAAAGCAGCUCUUUUGGAUCAAAUUAGAGAGGGUGCUCAGCUAAAAAAAGUGGAGCAGAAUAGUCGGCCGGUGUCCUGCUCAGGAAGGGAUGCUCUUUUAGACCAGAUACGACAGGGCAUUCAGUUGAAAUCUGUGUCUGAUGGCCAAGAGUCCACACCACCAACACCCGCACCCACUUCAGGAAUUGUGGGUGCACUCAUGGAAGUGAUGCAGAAAAGGAGCAAAGCCAUUCAUUCCUCAGAUGAAGAUGAAGAUGAUGAUGAUGAAGAAGAUUUUGAGGAUGAUGAUGAGUGGGAAGACUGAUCUAUAUAUUAUAUAUAUAUUUUUAAGGUGAAAUACUAAACACUACUUUCUGUCUAUUGAUCUGUAAAAUUAUCAUGUAAAUGUUCUACCAAUUUGCUGUAUAUUUUUGUUGCCUUUUUUUGCUUUUUUUUUUAAAUUAAUCUGUGCAAUACCUCAUUUAAUCUGUAAAGGUUUGUUAUAAUCUUAUAAAAAGCUACUCCCUGUUACUGUGUGCAAGUUUACAGCAGGAUGCUCACGUGAUUUGUGAAUAUUUUCAUUCCAUCAACAAGGGAGUUUAAUUAUGUGUGAGACUGACACAAACCUUAAUGUAAUUUAGUUAGAAUGCCAGAAGGAGAACACUAUUUUCAUACCCUACUUUUUCUGUACCUAAAUUUUCUUAAUAAAAUUUAGUAUAGCACUACAUUCUUUUUCAAGUGAUGUAAACUUUAGUUUCUUUAGCCCCUUCCUUUUGAAUAUGAUGCCACACAUGAAUGUUGAAGCGGAUACAUUGCACAAUUCUCUAGACACCACUACACUAAUGCAGGUUUUCAAUAGUAGUAAUAUGUUUUGCUUAACAUCACUACAGACAUACUAAUGCAAAGAACAGCAGCAGUGUUACCUGCUGUAGGUAAGCAGAGGUCUCUGCAGGCAGGAACCCUGAUGAACCCUCACAUACCUGUACAUGACCAAGGUUACCUUAAUGCUGUGACAAUUGUGACAGGCUCUUUUUAGCAAGGAAUUCAACACUUGGAAUCAGUCCUCAAAAUAGUUUAAGUUAACAUUUUUGGAUGUAGUUCCAUGCAUCCUAAACGAUUGUUGUCGUGCCCGUAUUUGGCUCAAAGUGGUAUCAGAACAAGGCUAAAAUGGAAUGCAUAAAAUGGAAUGGAACUAUAAAAAUUUUAUAGUUAUUGUAUUCACAAAUACCAAUUGUAAAAGUCAGAUUUUUUUUUUUUUUUUGGCAAAAGUAUACAUGAAUGCUAAGUCUUGCAUAUACUAUAUGUUUUUACUUUGAUGGUUUCUCAAGGUUUUUGUCAAAUAUCAGGUGUAGAGUUAUAUUUUUCUUAAGAUGGUCCCAAUUGCAUAUUUCUUAAAAUACAUAAUUGAUAUGAUAGACUUUUUUAAAAUAAGCCUUUACAGCCUGAACAGUUGUUACACAUACAACAUGGUAUGUUAAAAUUAGGGUUUCCUUGCCUCGUUACAAUUCACUAAUCUGCCUAAAGGUGACCAGUUCACAUUUACAGUAAUAAUUAUCUUACCUACCUACUUUAAAUAAAUUUUAGGUAGACGAUUAUCUGAUCUAAAUACGAACAUUUUUCUCACAUUGAGUUGUAUGCAGAAUGUAGCUUCAAGUAUAUUCAUUAGAGUCGCACUAUCCAACUAAAAAUUACGCUAUCUAGAAGUAUACCGACCAAAUCUAGUAUUGACAUGGUCUUGACAGGCUGGACCUGUAAGAUACGGUUUGAAUUUUAACCAGUUUAUCACAUAAACUCUAGUGACCGUGCAUCUAGUUACUGUCAGGAAUAAUUUAAAAGGUUUAGUCGCUGAAAGCAGUUAAAUGGUCUAGUAAGAUAGUUAAGUUAUUCAAAGAAUGUUGCCCUCCUUGCAAGAGUAAUUAAAGCACAUUGGAAAGAUUCUCAAUUUUGUGUUUCCUAUAAAAACAGUUCGCUCUGCUGCUAGGAACCUUUCUCUGCUUUACUGUCAUUUUCAUGUGGCUUGAGCUCCGGUGAGACUGGUGUGGAUGAGGCUGAACAACUACCCAUAAAAUUAGGAAUUUGUGUAAAUAGUAAUUAUUUUAAAUAAGUAACAUUGGGCUUUUGUAUUUUUCUUUUUCACAUUAUAAAAAUAUUUUUAAUUCCAAAAAAUGUUUUUGAGAUAAUGCCAAUUCUGAUGUCCCUUACCUUUUGGUCAUUUGAUGUUUGACUGGGAGCUUAUCUAGGAAGAUUCUCAGUUCUUUGAGUUGGAUAUAUACGGGGGCUGUAUUAUUUGCCAAAGGUAAUUGAGUUUAUUCUUUUUCAUACAGAAAAGGGUUCUUUUUGUUGUUUUGCUUUUUAUUUUUGUGUGAAGUCUAAAUUACAGGAGCUGCGGGAUUCAGUCCAGGCAUGAAGACUAAAUCCAUUCUACUGAGUAAGGCAUCAGGCAUUUGUCUCAGCCCUCCACCGUCUUGCACUGUGGGUGGCACUCUUCCUGUGCAGCAUCUGGAAGCCUCGUGGGUAUAUCCAGCUACGCGCUUGUCUGGUAGCCUUUGCGUUUAACAAACUAGCAUGAGGCCUUUUAUAUCUAAAUGCUAUGUGAUAGACAAUUUCAGCUAGCCACAUAUUGUAUUAUGAAAUUCAUAAAGAUUUUCAAUCAUUCAGUUCCAUUUAUCAACUGAAAUUCUGCUUAGUAUGUGAAUUUUUUUUGAAAUGUGUAGUAAAUAAGAUGUUGCACUGGUGGCAAUUCAUCAAGGAGCAUAAUAAAAUUAAUUUGACCCAAA